AUGAACACUCAAAAAGAAUUUCCGGAUAGUGAGAGUCCUAUAGCUGACAUCAGCUGGUCUCCAAAUAAUGUGAAGUUAGCAGUGGCGACAUGCGAGCGCACGGUAUUGCUCUUCGAUCGGGAGGGUACACGCCGAGAUAAAUUCAGCACAAAGCCGGCAGACCCCGCCGCGGGCAAAAAGUCUUAUGUUAUAACGAGCAUAUCGUUCAGCGACAACUCGGAACUGCUGGGCGUGGCUCAGAGCGACAACAUGGUGUUCGUGUAUCGCGUGGGUGCGGAGUGGAGCGGCAAGAAGGUGAUCUGCAAUAAGUUCCCGCUCUCCGGCGCGCCGUUACGACUGCUGCCCGCGGAGGCUGGCUUCUAUACCGGCACUAGUGAUGGCAAGAUACGAGUGCUAGACUGCAAAAGUAACAAGAGCUCAAGCAUGUGGGCGGCGGGCGCGUGCUGCGUGUCCCUGUCCCGCGGGGGCGGCGGUGGCGGCGCCAGCCUGGCGUCGGGCCAUGUGGACGGCACGCUGUACCUUAACGGCCGGCUGCUGCUGCGGUACGCGCUGCCGCCCGCCGCGCUCCUCUUGUUGCCGCCAUAUCUGAUAGUGGGGUCAUGCGACGGUCGCGUGGCGAUAUACGAGGCGCAGCGCGGUGCCCUGUUGCGGAACCUGGAACCACAGCUGCCUGCAGACCGCCGCGACCUCAUCUCCGCUGAGCCCAGCCCUUCAGGACAGACGUUAGCAUUCGGCGUGUUUGACGGUGUCCUAAUCGGCGACCUGAAGGACUCUGGCGCCGUGGAACUGUCUCUGGUAUCGAUGCCGCAUCUAUACGCUGCGCGAGCGCUGGCUUGGAGCGGGGAUGGCACCAAGCUGGCCGUCGCCUCGCAGACUGGAGGCGUCAUACUGCUCGAGGCUGUGCUUAGGCGCUGGGUGUGGCGUGACACGGUGCAGGUGCAGCACGUGAGCGCGCGGCAGCUGGUGCUGUCGCGGCUGGCGGGAGACGCCGCUCCGCUCACCGUCACCACCAAACUAGCACCCGACAUCUUCAACGUACGCUUUAUUGGCAAUGAUUGGUAUGCCGUAUGUCGCACUGCGACCACUCUUAUUCUAUGCGAUAUUGCUCGCGGGCUGACUAGCGAAAUCCCGUGGUCGGGCAGCGGGGAACGCAUAUACGCGGCUGUAGGCGGCGCGUGCCUCAUACAUCGUGCCGGGGAGCUCAGCGUCGUCGAGUAUGGUCUGGACAAGGUGCUGCAUACUGUGCGUACAGAGCGCGUAAACCCUCACGUGCUGAGUGUGCGUAUCAACGAGGGCGCUAGCGAUAAGGAGGGUGACCGAGAUCGGAAACACCUCGCCUACUUGCUGGACCGACAGACCAUCGCUGUCGUCGACCUUACUACAGGUGUACAGCUGGGGCAGUGGUGGCACGAAGCUCGAGUGGACUGGCUGGAGCUGAACGAGAGCGGGCAGCUGUUGCUGCUGCGAGACACGCGCCGGAGGCUGCUGCUGCUGCGGCUGGAUACUGGGGAUAAGGAGAUCAUAGCAAGUGGUGUGGGAUUCGUGCAGUGGAUUGAAAGUAGUGACGCAGUUGUGGCUCAAACACCGACACAUCUUCUUAUUUGGUAUAGUGCAUGGGAUCCAGGUAGCGUGGAGAUGGCGGAGUGCGGCGGCGGCGCGGCCGUAGAGGUGGCGGCCAGGAAGGUGGUGUUCGAGAAUGGCCUGCUGCCGUACCUGCUGCUCGACGAGCAUCGCCUCGCCUUCAAUAGCGCUCUUCGUAUCGGAGAUAUGUCAGGGUGCGCGCGAUAUUUGGACGGUGUGGGCAGUAACGCGGACGUGGCUCCUUUGUGGAGGCAGCUGGCGGAGCGAGCUCUUAGCAACGACGAUAUUCAGUUGGCUGCAAAAUGUUACCGUGAAGUUGGCGACGAAGCUCGUACUUUCUAUCUCGAGAAAACUGUAGAGUUUGCAGCCGCCGAAGGCGAUGGUGACGUCACUGCGGGUCUCAAUAAUCCGGUAGUGAGAGCGCGGCUUGCAAUAUUUGCCGGGGACUUGUCUUCGGCAGAGGAAUACUACGUGAAGAAGGCGAAUAGACCGGAGUUAGCCAUAAACAUGUACAAACAGUUCAAUAGAUGGACCGAGGCUAUAACGCUAGCGGAGAGGACUGAUCGUGCCUCUGUCGUGACCUUGAAGCAACAGUAUAUGGACUACUUGACAUCUACUGGUCGUUUAGGUGAAGCGGGGGCAGUGUUGGCAUCAACAGGGGACAUCCAAGGCGCUGUACGGCUGUGGUUGAAGGGCGGGCGGGCGCGGCGCGCGGCCAACCUGUUGCUGCAACACCCACAGCUGUUGCGCGACAACGAGAUGGUGGACGCUGUGCACACGCAACUAAUACAAGAAGAGUGGUGGGAAAUGGCCGGCGAGAUAUCGGAGAGGAAAGGAGACACAAAAACUGCUGUAGAAUAUUACGCCAAAGGGAACAACUAUGCCAGAGCGGUGCAGCUAGCGAGAGAGGCAUGUCCAGAAGAAGUGACCCGUUUGGAAGGCAUGUGGGGUGCGUGGCUAGUGUCGUCCCGGCAGGCGGGCGCCGCCGUGCCGCACCUCAUAGAGGCAGGCGAGACCCGUGCCGCGCUGGCCGCCGCCAUCAAGGCGCACCACUACAAACGCGCGCUGCAGAUUGUACAGGUCAUCGAUGAUAAAGAAUCGAUUCGCGAAGAAUGUGAGCAGCUGGGAGAUCAUUUUAUAUCCGUUCAAGAAUGGGAAACAGCAGAAAAGGUGCUAAGCUCCUGCGGCAUGGCUGAGCGGUGUGUUCGUGCGUAUAACGCGGCGGGGAGGGUGGCGGAUGGCCUACGUGUAGCCGCAGCACAACUAUCUGAGGAAGACACGCGAGAUAUCUACAUACCGCUAGCGCAACAGCUGAGACAAGAUGGACAACUAAGGAAGGCUGAGCAGAUUUACAUCGGCCUUGGAGAAGCUGAUGAGGCGAUCUCUAUGUAUAAGGAAGCAGCUCAAUACGAGGCUAUGCUCCGCCUGGUGGCGGCACAUCGCAGCUCCUUGCUUGAAGCCACCAGGAAACAUGUGGCUCAAGCAUUGCACGCCUCUGGAGAUUUGAGGGCCGCUGAGAAUUACUACAUUCAAGCUGGUGAUUGGAAGAGUGCCAUACAGAUGUACCGCACCGCUGGACAGUGGGAGGGCGCUGAACGCGUGGCUCGGGCUCACGCCCCCAGCAACGUUCAGCAACAGGUGGCGUUGCAAUGGGCCGCGGCUCUAGGCGGUGCACCCGCGGCAAGACUCUUGGCGGCGCGAGGUUUGGCCGCUCUCGGGGCUCGGUGGGCGUUGCAAGCGCAAAGAUGGGACAUAGCAAUGGAGCUAAGCGAGCUGGGAGGAGGCAUAACAAAGCGCGAGGUAACGCGGCACGAGGCGGCGGCACUGGCAGACGAAAACCCCGAGGAAGCGGAGUCCGCGUUCUUACGAGCCGGCGCGGCGGAGGACGCUGUACGCAUGUGGCUCACACGCGGACACCAUCAACGGGCCUUGCAACUAGCUGAACAGCAUGCUGAUCACAUGGUGGAGGAAGUUCUUGUGGAAGGUGCUCGAGUAGCGGCUGAGCGCGGGGAUCUGAAUCAAUUUGAGACGCUCAUGAUACGCGCUAACCGGCCGCGUGAAGUUGUCCAACAUUACAAAGAACUUGAGCUAUGGGAAGAAGCCGCGAGGGUAUCGCGAGAAUACCUGCCAGAUAGCGCAGAGCCAGUGCCGCCGUCUGUUCCACCGCUGCUGCAGCGAGCUGCCGAUCACGCUGACAGAGGCGAGUGGUGGGAAGCGGUGGAGCUGCUGAUAAACGCAAGCGCAGCAGGCGCAGCGGGCGGCGCGGCGCGGCUGGCCGAGCGGGCGGCGCUGCGGGCCGCGCGCCUGGCGCGGGACCACCUGCAGGGGGGGAGGCGGCGGGCGGCCGCCGACAUGCUGGCUGAGAGAUUUGUAGUAAUUGGUCAAAGCGAUGUGGGUGAACAACUGCGAGCAGCACUGGUUGAAGGGUACGAUGGUGAAGAAUACGCCGAUGAGGAACCGAGUCCGGCUCCUCAAGUGAUGGAGGCGGAAGGCGAGGCUGAGGCGGAGGCGCUGGAGCGGCUGGCUCGCGCGGGGCACUGGCAGCGCUGCCUUGCACACGCCGGCGCCAGGGCCCCGCACUACGCACUCAGAUAUGCUGCGCAACUGUUUAAGGCCCAUCAGCGUAUGGAAGGAGUAGACAUAGAAAGCGGAGAACUGCCAGAAGCGUUAUCGCAAGCAGUGGACACUCUACGUCAGUACCUCGUCAGUGAUACAGGAAUGAACUUAUCCAGUAGUGACGUGCCGCUGGCUAGAGCCGUGUGCAGUGAAAUACUCGUGCGCAUCUCUAUGGCGCCGAAAGCAUUUUCUGCUAUGAAAGACGUUGCUUCUGUGCUGUUAGCUGCGGGCGCCGAUGAUAGGAUGAUGCAGGCUAUAACUCUGCUGAUGGCGCUACAUGUUCCGCAAAUCGCACCCAAAGCCGCUCGAGCUUUGCCGCGGUACACCGAUAUAACCGUAGCGGAUGUUGUAUAUUACGCGUGUGGUCUAGCCGUUCGCGCAGAAGGCAGUAGCGGAGCGAGGGAGGCGUUUGUCCUUCUAAAUCGCUCCCUCGAUUUGGCUGAAGCGGCUGACGAUGACGCGGCGCAUCUACUUGACUAUACUGACUUUGAAUGCACGGACUGGUCACGCACUCCUCUCCUCCUGGAGAAUGCCUGUCUGAGAGGGUCAGCGUUGGAUGAAGUACGUGAAUGGGUGCUUGCAGUCUCAAUGGAUCAGGCUGUUGAACAGACUUUACCAGUGGACAGUCGCGGCAUGUACAGUUCAAGUGUGGGGGCUGAGGAAGCGUGCUGUGUACUCACGGGAUACCCACUUGGCUCCCGGCUCGUAACUUUCACUAACGGUCGUUGUGCGAACCGCGAGUGGUGGUCGCGUGCGGUGAGCGCGGCUCGAGGCGCGGGCCCCGCUGCCGCGCUGCUCUCUCAUAUAGCACAGUGGUGCGGCCCCGCGGAUUACUCACAGAUAUAGACAUACACGGAGUGAUAAUGAUUCUGUUACUAAUACCUAAAGCACAUUUAUUUAAAGCUUGUCUUAUAUUGUAAACAAACAUUGAUUGUGCUUAUAACUUUUAGUUAAAAGUAUGUUUUUUAGAAUAAUAAUUUAUGCACCAUUAAUAAAUAAGCAGUUUUUAAAUUAAUUAACCAUAAUGUGUGUCUUAGACACUAGUACGGACUUUUUAUAAAUAAAACAACAAUAUGAUCUUUAUAUCGCUAUA